GAUCUGGCCUGCCAGGACCUUCAGGAUUACCUCAUCCGCCCGCGCGCUCGUCCGCUCUCUCUCUCAGCGGCGCUGCCUCUCAGGGUGGCCGCCAUUAGGACCUGACACCAUGCCUGCCCUCAGACCCCUGGUGAAACCUAAGAUCGUCAAGAAGAGAACCAAGAAGUUCAUCCGCCAUCAGUCAGAUCGUUAUGUCAAGAUCAAGCGCAACUGGCGUAAACCAAGAGGUAUUGAUAACAGAGCUCGCAGGAGGUUCAAGGGCCAAAUCUUGAUGCCCAACAUUGGUUAUGGUAGCAAUAGAAAGACGAAACACAUGCUGCCCACAGGAUUCAAAAAGUUUCUUGUCCACAAUGUCAAAGAACUUGAGGUGCUGAUGAUGAGUAACAAGUCUUAUUGUGCAGAGAUUGCUCACAAUGUUUCCUCCAAGAACCGCAAGGUAAUUGUGGAACGAGCAGCUCAGCUAGCUAUCAAGAUCACCAAUCCAAACGCCAGACUGCGCAGUGAGGAAAACGAAUAAAUGGGCUCCUCCUUUGUGUAACUGUAUUUAAUAAAAUACAAAAAAGCCACCAUGUGA